UUCUUGUUGUGGUUCCAACGUGGGUCUCUAUCAGGGAAGUUUUUUGUGGAAAUAAUUAUUCUUAUUAUGUGUAAAAAGAUCGUUUGACUUCUUUAAAAAUGCAGGUGUCCAGUAUAAAUAAUAUAAAGAUAUAUAAUCUGAGUCAUGGAAAGUCUUUGCCAGAGUGGCUGUCAGACAGAAAGAAGAGAGCUUUACAGAAGAGAGAUAUUGAUGUUCAGAGGAGGAUUGAGCUCAUUCAGGAUUUUGAGAUGCCCACUGUGUGCACCUCUCUCAAAGUGUCACGUGACGGACAGUAUAUUUUAGCUGCAGGCACAUACAAACCCAGGAUCCGGUGCUAUGAUGCGUAUCAGCUGUCUCUGAAGUUUGAGAGGUGUCUGGAUUCUGAUGUGGUGACCUUUGAAAUCUUGUCUGAUGACUACUCCAAGCUGGUGUUCCUGCAUAUUGAUCGUUACGUAGAGUUUCAUUCCCAGCACGGUCACUACUACAAGACGCGCAUCCCCAAGUUUGGCCGAGAUUUCUCUUACCACUCCCCGUCCUGUGACUUGUACUUUGUCGGAGCCAGUUCAGAGGUCUUCCGUCUGAACCUCGAACAGGGCAGAUUCCUCAACUCUCUGCAAACGGGUGCAACGGAGAUCAACGUAUGUGACAUCAACCCUGUUCAUCAUUUAUUCGCUGCUGGGACUGUAGAGGGGAAAGUGGAAUGCUGGGACCCACGUGUGCGCAGUCGAGUGGGCAUCCUGGACUGCGCUCUCAGCAGCAUCACAGAGGGAACUGAAGUGGAGAGCUUGCCAUCAGUCAGUGCACUCAAAUUUAACGGUUCCCUGGGUAUGGCUGUGGGCACGACUACAGGACAGGUUUUGUUGUAUGACCUGCGUUCGUCUCGUCCCCUGCUUGUGAAAGACCAUUAUUACGGCCUGCCCAUCCACACUCUCCAUUUCCAUAAGCAGAUGGAUCUGGUGAUUUCUGCAGACUCGAAGAUCAUCAAGAUGUGGCACAGCAACAACGGUAAGGUGUUUUCCUCCAUCGAGCCACCGGCCAACAUCAACGAUGUGUGUGUUUACCCUGAAUCAGGUAUGCUCUUCACUGCUAAUGAAGACCCCAAAAUGAAUACUUUCUAUAUUCCUGCCCUGGGUCCUGCACCUCGGUGGUGCUCCUUCCUGGAUAACCUGACUGAGGAACUGGAGGAGAACCCAGAGAGUACAGUCUAUGACGACUACAAGUUUGUUACACGCAAAGACCUGGACAACCUUGGUCUGACACACCUCAUUGGUUCACCUCUGCUGAGGGCCUACAUGCAUGGCUUCUUUAUGGACAUCAGACUCUACCACAAGGUUAAAACUAUGGCAAACCCGUUUGCCUAUGAGGAAUAUCGCAAGAACAAAAUACGGCAGAAAAUCGAAGAGUCUAGAGUCCAGAGAGUACAAUUAAAGAAUCUGCCAAAGGUGAACAAAGCGCUUGCAAUGAAGCUAAUGGAGACAGGAGAGGACACAAUUUCCCGAAAAGCCAAGAAGAAGGCCAAGGGCACCAUCAGCAUCCUGACUGAUGACCGUUUCAAGAUGAUGUUUGAGAAUCCAGAUUACCAAGUGGACGAGCAGAGCGAGGAGUUCCGCUUGCUUAAUCCCAUCGUGUCCAAAGUGGGCCAGAGGAGGAGGCAGAAGCUACAGCAAUUAAUCGAGCAAGAGACCAAUCAAAAGUCGGAUGAUGAGGAAGAGGAGCUGGAGGGACGGCCCAGCUCGGAGGAAGAGGAGAGCUCGGACGACGAUAAGAGCUGGGUGGAGGAGGUGAGGGAGCAGCGGCGUCUCUUAAAAGCAGAGCAGAGACAGCGGCAGUUUAAAGAGAGAAAGGAGCUGGACCGCAACACCAGCCUGCAGAGUUCAGACCCGGUCAGGAAGUCUCAACAGAGCCAGGCUCCGGGCCAGAGUCAGCCACGCUUCUUCCAGAUCAAAGUCGGAGAGGAGUUCCGCAGCUUCGGGGACGUGGCACGCAAACAGAAGAUGCAAAAAACCUCUCUUGAGGAGCGGCUAAAGCUGGAGGAGAGCUCAGGCAGGCUGAACCUGGCUGACGCUGCGGUCGGAAGCAAACAGCUGACCUUCACGCUGAAAAAGAGUGAGAAACAGCUGAGUCGGCAGCGGGCUGAACGGGAACACCACGAGGAGAGGAGGAAGAUCAGAAGGGCUGCUGGUCACCUUCACACACGAGGAAGAGGACGAGGAAGAGGACGUGGAAGAGGACGAGGGAGAGGACGAUUCUGAACAUUGCCACCAAACUCCUGCUGUAGUCACUUGUUUGCAUUCAGGCUCUAAACACCUUCCUCAAAAUAACUUUGUCCUGUUAGUACAAGGACAGGCAAGUGCACUGUAAACCCUGUUUUUAAUGUGGGUUACCUAGAAUAACGGAAUGAAGAAGAAAGACCAUGUGGCCAGUUUAGAGAGAGAGAGUGUGUGUGUGCGCGCGCGCGCUCUUCUCUAUGCUACACUCCACAGAUGUUCAAGUAAUAAAAUGCAAGUCCAAGUCAAA